UUCAGGUCGGAGUGUUCAAUACAGCGAAGCGCACAUUGACAUACACAGGGGGAAACUUUGGAGAGUAUCAUGGAUGCUUUCACCGACCUGGACAAAUCCCAGAAAGUACUGUUUGUUGUGGGAGGUACUGUUGUAGCCAUCGUAACGGUCGUCGGCCUGAGGAAACUAUGUUUCAGAGACACGAAGGCAAAGAAGGACUAUCCUCGAGAUACGGUGAUCCAUCAUCAGAUUGGUAGAGGUCCCUAUGCCCCAAGUAUGACGCCAUUCGCGGUGAAGGUGGAGACCUAUCUCCGGAUGGCCAAGAUACCCUACCAGAACGUCCAUGGGAUGGAAGCUUCAUCAAAGGGCAAAUUCACUUGGAUUGAGUAUAAUGGGCAGUCGGUAGCGGACUCAUCGCUGUGCAUCAAAUUCCUCAACAAGAAGCUGGGGGUGGACCUCAACAGGAACCUGAGUGCUACUGACAGAGGAGUAGCUCAGGCGAUGCAUGCCAUGGUGGAGGAUCAUCUAUACUGGUUCGUUGGCCUCUUCCGAUGGCAAUUUGACAACGACAAAUCUUUGGUAAUGAAUGCCUUUAAAUUAUCGAAGUUUACAUUUCUGAUGUUUCAACGAGUCCUUAAAAAGCAAGCAUGGAAUCAAGGCUUGGGUCGACACACAGAAGAGGAGGUUGCUGAAAUGUUUAAGAAGGAUCUACAAUCCCUGUCAGACUUCAUAGGGACCAAGAGGUUCCUGAUGGGGGACGAGCCCUGCGAGACGGACUGCGUGGUGUUCGGUCAGCUGUCACAGGUUUACUGGCACUUCAUAGGCACUGGACACCACAACAUCCUCAAGGACAAAUACCCCAACCUGGCCGCCUACUGUGAACGUAUGAAGGAAACAUUCUGGCCUGACUGGGACCAGUGCAUCACACACGGUGGAACAAGGGAGGCAACAAAGUAAUUUAUCCAGAAAACUGUGAUGGCCCUUUAAUGUGUGCUUCGUAAUAAAAUAAAGCUCUGUGGAAA